AUGGCCAAAGCAUAUAGUGCCCCAGGUAAAGCCCUCAUCGCAGGCGGUUAUUUAGUUCUAGAUCCAGCGUAUAACGCCUACGUCACGGCCCUUUCCAGCAGAAUGCAUGCACACGUUGAAGAAUCCUCUACUCGGCCAUUCUCCUCCAUUACCGUCCAGUCGCCUCAGUUUGACGGACAGUGGGACUUUGUUAUUCACGAUAGCACCAUUGCAAAUGUCUCCGAGACACACGGAAGAAAAAACCCCUUCUUGCAGGCCACCAUUAAGACGGUUCUCAACUACUUCCAACCAAGUGAAAAGUUCAACUUGAGCAUCACCUUGUACUCGGACCCGGGGUACCAUACCCAAGAAAAGACACAGGCCAAGACUUCAAGCAAUGGCCGUCGCACAUUUCUCUUCCACAGCAAGCCAAUCGACCAGGUUGCUAAAACUGGCAUGGGUCUGUCCGCUGGAUUGGUCUCUGUGGUUACAGGUGCAUUGGUAGGUCACUUUACGAAGCAGCCAGUAGAUCAAAACAGACAAAUCAUCCACAAUAUCGCCCAGAUAGCACACUGCGAGGCACAGGGCAAGAUCGGAUCGGGUUUUGACGUUGCAGCAGCCGUUUACGGAUCUAUUAUCUACAGACGGUUUACUCCCGAGACCAUUGACGAUGUUCUUGGAAAACAGCUGAGUGCCGAACUUUGUGCUGAGAUCAAGCGGAUCGUGGACUCCGAUUGGCACUUCAACCACACGCAGUGCUCCCUUCCUCAAGGAAUACGCUUAUUGAUGGGAGAUGUGAACGGAGGAUCUGAGACUCCGAAGUUGGUGUCGAAGGUCCUUGCAUGGCGCCGAGCCAGUCCUGACAGUGCAGAAGUAUAUGCGGAACUUGACCUGGCCAACGCAAGCUUCGUGAGUGCGUUGACUAGUCUACAGAGUAGUAUAGUGUCCAAAGAAGCUUUGGAGCCAGUGAUGGACGCAUUGAGAAGAAUUAGAAAGGGACUCCAGAAACUCACUGCAUCUUCCGGUGCAGAUAUCGAGCCUAAGGAGCAAACCUCAUUGCUUGAUCUGUGUGAAAAGCUUCCAGGAUGCUUAGGAGGUGUAGUGCCUGGAGCUGGAGGCUACGAUGCUAUUUGUCUUUUGGUGGAAGAGUCGAAGAUUGGUGAAUUGAAGCGGGCAAGUGCUAAAGAUGCGGCGUUUGCUAAUGUUACAUGGUUGGAUUUGAGCGAGGAGGCGUUCGGGUUGCAAGAGGAGCCAGUUGAAGAUUACGAUUUCUAA